AACUUCACUAUGCUUCUCUCUCUACAAUUACUCAUUGAGAGUUUCUCUCUCUAGAAUAUUGAGUAUUGUUGACUUAAGCAUCGGAGUAUUUUCCUCGAGGAAACAUCUUCGAGAUUUUCAAGUAUUGAAGCAGUUGAAGAUCUCUACAUUGUAGUCUUCAUCUUAUCUUUUGCGAGAUGUGGUCUUUAUCUCUCCUUCUUCCUUAGAUGCGAUCUUCAUCUAGGAUGUGACUGCUAAGAUGUGGCCUUCAUCUUAUCCUUUACGAGAUGCGGUCUUCAUCUCUUCUUCUAUGAGAUGCGGUCUUCAUCUCUUCUUCUGCGAGAUGCGGUCUUCAUCUCUUCUUCUGCGAGAUGCAGUCUUCAUCUCUCUUUCUUCCUUAGAUGUGGUCUUCAUCUAAGAUGUGACUCUUAAGAUGCGAUCUUCAUCUUAUCUUUUGCGAGAUGCGGUCUUCAUCUCUCCUUUUUCCUUAGAUGCAAUCUUCAUCUAGGAUGUGACUUCUAAGAUGCGGUCUUCAUCUCUUCUUCUUCCUUAGAUGCAAUCUUCAUCUAAGAUGUGACUUCUAAGAUGUGGUCUUCAUCCAUCUUUUGCGAGAUGUGGUCUUCAUCUUUCCUUCUUUCUUAGAUGCGGUCUUCAUCUAGGAUGUAAUCUUCUAAGAUGCAACUUCAUCUUUUUUUCUUUCUUUCUCUUCUUUUCUCCUCUUCUUUCACUACUAGAAAAAUGAGUGUUUCAAACCGACCAUAACGGACCGAUAACUGUCAGUCUGUAUAAAUAUAUAUUCAAACUGAAA